GGCGGGGCUCAGCGGCGCCGGCCGAUGGCGGCGGAGCGGGGCCCUGCGGCCCCCCGGGAGGGGUGGGUGCUGCUCGCCCGCCGCCUGAUGGCUGGCGGUUGAAGGGCGAGAGAACCAACGGCUGCUAGGACUUCAGCAGGGCCUUUGGUACGGUCCCCCAUAGCAUCCGCCUGGAGAGGCUGGCAGCCCGUGGCUCGGACAGUAAAGCAUCCUUAAGCAUGGAGAAUUUCAUUCUGUAUGAAGAGAUAGGAAGAGGAAACAAGACAGUUGUUUAUAAAGGAAGAAGAAAAGGGACAAUUAAUUUUGUUGCCAUUCUUUGCACUGAUAAAUGCAAAAGAGCUGAAAUAACAAACUGGGUUCGUCUGACUCAUGAAAUCCGACACAGGAAUAUAGUGACAUUUCAUGAAUGGUAUGAAACAAGCAACCAUCUCUGGCUUGUAGUGGAAUUGUGCACAGGUGGUUCUCUAGAAUCGCUUAUUGCUCAAGAUGAACAUCUACCUGAAGAUGUAGUGAGAGAAUUUGGUGUAGACUUGAUUACUGGUUUACACCACAUUCAUAAUCUUGGAAUUAUCUUCUGUGAACUGACACCUGGAAAGAUCCUGCUGGAAGGACCUGGUACUUUGAAAUUCAGUAAUUUUUGCUUGGCUAAAGCAGAUGGUGAAAAUCUGGAAGAGCUUUUUGCUUUAAUUUCCUCUGAAGAACCAGGAGGAGAUGUCAGUGAAAGCACUCCACAAAGAUACUUAAAAAACAGAUUUCGAGGCAAUCCAUUAUACAUGGCUCCAGAAGCAAUAAAGGGAGAAGACUUUUCCAAAUCCAGCGAUCUGUGGUCCUUGGGAUGUUUACUUUAUGAAAUGUUUUCAGGAAGACCACCAUUCUUCUCAGACAACUUCUCUGAGUUAAUUGAAAAGAUUCUGUAUGAAGAUCCACUGCCACCUAGACCGGAGGGUUCUGCUUCUCAGAAACCUUCUGCAGAGUUCAUUAGUUUACUUGAUGGCUUGCUUCAAAAGAAUCCUCAAAAGAGGCUGAAUUGGACAGACCUGUUGCAGCACCCCUUCUGGAAGGGCUCUCUUGGCCAUUGUGAUGGUGAUUCUGCAGACAGCCAGGGACCAAGCUUCAGCAAUGAAGACACAGUAUCCUCUGUGCCUUGGAAUACCAAGGAGCCAGAAGAGGCUUAUAAAAAUCUGUCAUCUUCUACAGCGGAUAUUAAGCUACAAAGCAAUUCCUUCAAAAUAGAAAAUCCAGCUGAGUUGCGCCCCAAAAAUGCAGUUGAUGGUGAAUCAAAUGAAUCCAUAUUUCUUCUCAGUUCUCGUCCUACUCCUAGAACCAGCAUUACAGUAGAAGUAAGUGAUGUUACUACUGCCCCAAACCAAAAUUCUCAUCAAAGAGAUUCAUGCUUGACAAAGGAUAAAAAUAGGUGCUCAAGUCAGCAGGAUAUGGAGUCAACAUUGAAAGAGCUCAUUUACACUGAAUCUGAUCUUAUCGUGACACCAAUCAUUGACAAUCCAAAGAUAAUGAAGCAAGUGCCAGUUAGAUUUGACUUGAAAACUUUAUCUAUACCAGCAUAUUCAGCUGAGAAGUUAUCAUCUAUGAAAGACGUGGACUGGAAUGACUUCUUGCAACAAGUGUCUUCAUUGCUUGAUUCCACUGAGAAGAAUGCAGGAGCAGCACGUUCUAAACUGAAUUUACUGUAUUACCUGUGUACUGUGGCUGUCCACAAGGAAGUUGCAAGCCGGCUAAUUAACUCUCAGCUGUUUCCAGUGUUAAUACAGCAGCUGCGUGCAGCCGCCAACUGGGAUAUACGUGCUAAAGUUGCUCGAGUGAUUGCUUUACUGGCAUUACACACAUCUGAACUCAGAGAAAAUGUACCUGUUUCUGAGGCAAUUAUACUUCUAACCGAACUCAUCAGAGAGAACUUCAGGAAUAGCAAAUUGAAACAAUGCCUUUUACCAGCACUUGGGGAGCUUCUUUACCUCGUAGCCAGUGAGGAGGAAAAAAAAGAGCACCCCAGAGAAUGGUUUGUUGUUCCCUCAGCAGCUUACACUGUGCUAAUGAGGUGUCUUCGGGAAGGGGAAGACCGGGUAGUGAAUCAUUUGGCAGCAAAGAUCAUUGAAAAUGUUUGCACUACUCUCUCUUGCUAUGCACAAGGAUUUAUUACAGGAGAAAUUGGACCUGUCUUAUGGUACCUUUUCACACAUUCUACAGUAGAUUCUUUGAAGAUAACUGCUAUUUCGGCUUUAUGCAGAAUUACUCGUUUUUCACCCAGUGCUUUCCAGAGCGUCAUUGAAAAAGUGGGAUUAACAGCUGUACUGAAUUCCUUGGCAACUGGAAUAUGCAAAAUUCAGCAGUACAUGCUCACCAUGUUUUCUGCAAUGUUGUCAUGCGGGAUUCAUCUACAGAGGCUGAUUCAAGAAAAGGAAUUUGUGACUACAAUUACACGUUUAUUUGAAAGUCCUUCAACUUUCAUAAGAGCAAAAGCCUUUCUGGUCCUGUUACAAGUUUUAAUUAAUAACAGGGAGAUGUUGCUACUCAGUUGUCAAGCAAGACUUGUGAUGUAUAUUGAAAGAGACAGCAGAAAGACCACACCAGGAAAAGAGCAGCAAAGUGGCAAUGAAUACCUGUCAAAAUGCCUGGAUCUUCUCAUCUAUCACAUUGUGCGGGAGCUGCCAGGAAUUCUAGGUGACAUUCUCAAUGCCUUAACUAAUGUCUCUGGACGCAAACACCCAUCAACGCUUCAGGCCAAACAGCUGAAGAUGUGCCUUCCCAUGAUGCCUGUAGUGCUUCAUCUUGUGACAUCCCAGGUAUUUCGUCCCAAGAUAGUCACAGAGGAGUUUCUUUUCUACUAUGGGACCUUACUUAAUUUUAUCCGAUCGAUAGACUCAGGAGAAACCAACUUGGAUGGAGCAAUAGGACCAGCUGCAUCAGAAGAAUUGAUUAAGACUACUCUAUCAACAUUUGAAGCAGUAACACAGCAUCCUGUCUUGUUGACAAUCCAUCGCACAACAGUUGAAGACUGUGUCCUUCCACCACUAGUUUCUUUGGUCCAUGGUCAGAAUGUGGAAUGGAGACUCUUCAGCUUGCGGUUGCUCUCAGAAACCACAUCACUGCUCUUAAGCCACGAGGUCAUGGCUGAGGAGAAAGGGGAGAGCCUCGACUCAAACAGCAAGCUUCUGUCUCUCAUUAGAGAUUCCUUGCUGCCUCAGUAUGGGUACAUUCUGAUGGCUCCAGACCCAGUACCAGUGUAUGCUCUGAAACUGCUGGUGGCCUUGACUGAACACAGCCCCGCUUCUGUGAGCCUUGUGGAAGAAAACCAUCUUUUUCCAGCUCUUUUCCAAGUCAUCUUGGAACACCAAGACAAUAUGCUAGGAAAUACAAUGCAAACUGCAGUUGCCUUACUGAAUAACGUGGUUGCUAACAAAAGCACAAACAUGAUGCUACUCUUCACAGAAGGUCUUCCAGCUUGAAGAGUCAUCCGAGUGCAUGAGUCUGCUUCAGGCUAAGUCAGAUGGGCUAACGGAGGCUGCCCGUCUGAACAGCAUCAAGCAACCUAACAUUGUUUUGCCAGAGGAGACCAGGAUGUACCUGCACGUGCUCUCACACAUUGCAGGAGGAGUAACCUCCCUCCAACAAUUGAUCACUAGCAAACAUCUGGGAAGAGCCAGUAUUUGCAGUCAACAAAGCUGUUUACAAAAUGAAUGUCUGUCAGGCGGCCUCACUUUUGUGUUCUUUUGUAUUGUCACUUAUCUCUCGGGAUGAUAGCACUUAAUUUUACAUGCAUCAAGGGCUUUAUGCUCCCUGAUUAACAAAUAAGCAUCCUACUUUUGAUGUACAUGACAUACAUUAGUGACAGAACUGGCAGCACUUCUUAUGACUGCUGGGUACUAUAUUUCAAUUCUGGAGAGCAGAAGUUUAAUUUGAAUACCUAAUUUAAAAAUAAAUGUUUCUUUUAUAUCCAGUCCCACAAGCCUUCUGAUAUAAGCAUUUAAGCAUUGUAUGUGCAUCUUCAGUGGAUCCUACCUUUCCAUUAUGUUUUUCACUUAUCUUUUUGAGGUAAAUGAGCAAUUAUUCUUACCUAGUACAGAAUGAAAGAAGCAGAUAACAUUUUGAGAGACUGUGGUGCCAACAGUGUGGUAUCCAAACAAAUCAAACCUGACUGCUGAAAUGAGGCACUAUUAAUGUCUUGUCAACUCACUGAAUAGAUCCCCUGAACAUCAUUGUAGUCCACAGUUAUGCAGUAAUCUCUCGUAUCAAUUUUGGAUAUUUUUUUUUUCUCAUAGUACCAGAAAGCAUUUGGAUGUUUUUAUAAUUCUUUUGGGAAAAAAGUUGCCUUCCGAUACUUCGCGUGUCCUUGCUGAACAAGUCUGUGUUCGCGUUCAAAGAGUUAUACUCCUAGGAAUGAGGGCCAUCUCAGUAAAUCUCAAAACCAAAAUUCUCUGCCUUUAAAACUUUGAUGUUACGUACCCAUGAGUGCUACGAACUUAGUUGCAAACAUCUUGGCUAUCUUUUCUGAGUUGACUCUGGUACGGUAGAGUCAGGCAGACACCAGAAGUUGAAUUUGGUUGAAAUUUUGUUACAGAAACCUUAAUGAGAUUCUAAGGUAGGAAAAUUCUCAUCUUUUCAUUUUUAAGAAGUAACAAAACAGGAACUCCCAAGGGAUCAGUUAUUAUGCUUUUAGAAAUAUUCCUCAUCUUUGUAUGCUUUUCUAACCGCAUCUUUUCAUACAGAAUAACCACAUUCUUGCCUAGUUUGUAUAAUUUUUUAUGUUUUACUGGUUUUAUACUGACUAGUCAAGCAUAUUCAGCAGUAUGUGAAUAUUUUAUUAUUCCUAGAUUGUUCAAGUUUUUGCUAUUUUUGUAUACUCAAAUACAUUUUUAAGUUAGAAUCCGCUUGUUUUCUCUCUCUUAGCUGUGCUAAACAGUUGUUAGUCUUAAUCACCUGCAUGUUUGUUCCAUAAUUUAAAUUUUAGAAUAAAGUAGGUUUCAGUGCUGGGAGGAUUCUCUUUGCCUUAGAAGAGUUUGACAUGGUUCCCUGAGAAGUUAUGAGUCGUGAGCUCUUUCUUCACUAACAAAAGAUGUCACCUCUAAACUGCCUUCUAACAGUACCCACCAAACAUUGCCACUCCUGAAAAAUUGAAUUAGAGCCGUGUCAUGUCUCUCCCCUUGACUGACUGAAAGCAGAAAAAUCCUGCCACUGAGAAUGUCAGGUGUGUAUUUCUCUUAGACAUCCACAGUAAGGAUAAUGAAUUCUUCCCUGUCUGCUUUCAGCCUCGUAGUAAAGGUGACGACUGGCUUUUCUUCCCCGAUUGUCAUAAUCCUUACCAUACCCACUUUUCUGCACUGACCGAUAGUGCACAGUGCCCUACCUGCUGUGUGUGCAGGAAAAGCUGAGCCCCAAGCCCAAACCCUGCAGUGUGUACCACCUGCAGUGAAAUUUUUGUUCCUCAAACUUAGGGAUUUUUUUACUCAGUCACAAAAUGUCCACUCGCUGUCUCAGUAGUAGGAAUAUGUGCAAAAUUUUCUUCUUUAGAUGCCACUCAUAUUUAAGAUUAGAAAAUAAUUUUCAGGGCAGCAGUCACGCAAUUAAUGACUGUCUUUUUUCAUUCCACUGGAUCUGAUGUCCAUAACUCACCAAAUCUUGAAAUCAGUGUUUCAUUUUACAUCCUAGUUUUUUAUUCCCUCAAUAAUAUAAUACUGAUGCAAAUAGUUCCUAAAAAGUAAAUAUCAGUAACAAAUAAUAAACAAAAAUAACGAAAAAUAAUGAGCCUCUUAACAAAUGCCAUUACCCUAAAGAUACCAUUUUUUUGUUGCCUGUUUUCAGAUGUUCAAAUCAGAAAAAUUGGAGUACUAGGGUUGUGAUGCAAAGAAUGCAAAUGAAGUCCAGGUUUAUAUAGGUAAAUAAGGUUCUGUGGAGAAUCUUUAUGACAUCAUGGAUGGUUUUAAGGGCUCAGACACUUAGGAGCUCUUUCCUAUGCAAAAGAACCUAUCAGGCUACAGUCUUGUGUUUCUUCUUAGCAAUAAUUUAGAGUUUUGUUGUUAAUAGGAAAAAGAUUAUGAAAUAUGUUUUCUAGUUAGUCUGGCAGUGUAGUUUCAAGUUCCCAAUAAGUUAUUUUUAGUCAUUUAAGGAAGGAGG